AUGGAAGGUGGCAACACGGCCUCAUGGGCUAUAUCGUAUCUUUCCAACCCAGGAGCUCUCAUUCGAGCUUUGCCAAUUGCUCUGGGCUUAGCGGCUCUGGCUUGGCUAACUUACGUUCAGUUUCUUUCACCAGUUGCGAAGAUUCCUGGCCCGUUCUGGGCCAAAAUAUCGAGACUCUGGCUUGCCUAUCAUGGAUGGGUUGGUGAUUUUCAUACGACAUUGCUAAGACUCCAUCACCAAUAUGGUGACUUGGUUCGUGUGGGACCAAACGAAUUGUCGGUUUGCAGCGGUGAAGGAGUUCGCAAGAUCUAUGGUAUUGGAGCAAAGUUCAGCAAAAGCGAAUUCUACACCCCGGUGCAAGGCAAGCGGAAAUUCGACCUCUUCGGGGAAAAGAACGAAGAAAUUCAUCGGCAGCAACGUCGCAUCGUCAGUAACAUCUAUACUGUUGCUGCAGUAAAGGAGCUGGAAUCGCACAUCGACAGUACAGUCGCGCAUUUCGUGGAACAGCUCAAGCUUCGGUAUAACCACACGAUCGAUUUCGGCGUCUGGCUCCAACUAUUUGCCUUUGAUGUGAUUGGAGAAGUUACCUUCUCACAGAGAUUCGGCCUCCUGGAUAUAGGUGAGGAGACCGAUGCUUUGGUGGCCAUCAAAGAAUCCAUGAAGUCGACGUCCUGGCUGUGCCAGAUUCCCCUUGUAUACCACAUUCAUGAGACCCUGAAACCAAUUAUUGGCGACCGUAUUGCCGCCAAUGCUAGGAAUAGCACCUUGCGCGACUUUACCGUCAACCAUGUGCGAGCGCGCGAGGGGCGAGAGACGAAGCAUAGAGACUUCGUGUCGCGGCUGUUCGAGAUCCACAAGUCCAAAGAAAAUGAUUUCGACGUUAAUGACGUGAUCUCAAUGGCUUCGAGUAAUGUCGUGGCAGGAUCGGAUACCACGGCAAUAUCUAUGAGAGCAAUGUUUCACUUUCUGUUGACCCACCCAGAAUGCAAAGCGAAGCUCCUUGAGGAGAUUGAUGCGUACUACGACAGCGACGAAGCCCAAAAACACAAAAUCAUACCAUUCGACGUAGCAAACAAUCUGCCAUAUCUCCAAGCCGUGAAGUACGAGUCUAUGCGCCUUCAUCCUGUUGUUGGACAGACCCUGCCAAGGGUUGUGCCUGCAGGAGGCUUGCAAUGUGGCAACGAGUAUAUUCCAGCAGGAACUGUUGUGGGAGUUUCGCCGUAUGUGGUUGGCCAGUCGACAGAAAUCUGGGGAGACGAUGCUACUGAAUUUAAGCCAGAGAGGUGGAUGGGUAAGAACAGAGGCGAACUUCAAAAGUUCUGGAUGCCAUUCGGUGGAGGCUCCUGGACAUGUAUAGGGAAAAAUUUGAGUUGGGUUGAGAUGAGCAAGGUGAGCACCGACUUCUUCCUUCAUUGA